GUGUUCAAAAUGCGAAAUAAAAGCUGGGAAAGGUGGGGUUGUUGUUUGUAUCCUGCCAAGAGCAGGGACCGUCCCGCUCUGCUCUGUGGUGCAGCCUCACCUUGGGCACUGGGCGCAGGUUGCACACCACAGUUUAAGGACACAGAGCUCUGAGGUAGACCAGAGGAGGGCUACAGAGAGGCGAAGGGGCUGAGGUCUGUGACAGCGGCAAGGCCCGAGGGAACCGCACGGAGCUGUCAGGGGAGGGGCGGGUGGGGGUGAGGGAAGGCUCUGCCCCAGAGGGCGGUGGGCACGGCCCCGAGGUGCCGGAGCUCAGGGAGCGCUGGGACACCGCUUUCAGCCGUUGGAUUCGCGUGGUACUGCGUGGAGCCGGGGUCGGACACUGAUCCUUUCGGAUCCCUCUCAGCUCGGGAUGUUCUGCGAUCCUCCAACGCUGAGGGAACAACCGCCGCUCCACACCCCACUUCCCUUCCCGCCGCUGCCGCCCCACGUGACGCCUCCGUCCCGCCCAGUCCCCUCUCGGGUCGGACUCGGGGCGCUACUUCCGCUUCCGGCGACGCCCGGCCCGUCAUGGCGGCGCCCAGGGAGGCGGCGGAGCGGCGGCCCUUCGGGAGGCGCUUCCUCACCGACCCCGCCCGCCUCUUCCAGCAUAACGCCUGAGGAAUAUGAGGUGAAUGCUAAGAGAUACUGGGAUGACUUUUAUAAAAUCCAUGAAAAUGGCUUCUUCAAGGACAGGCAUUGGCUGUUCACUGAAUUUCCUGAGCUGGCACCAAAUAGGAACCCAAGUCAAAAUGGGGAUUCUGUGCGUGAAUUUAGCAACAGAGAAGUAUCCAAAAAUGAAGGGCUGGGAAGCUGUGAAAAUGGACAUUGCACAUUAGAAACCAGAGCAGAGAAUCAGUUAAACCUGAUAAAAAGCAGUCCUACGUUCUGUACAGAAGAGCUGGCUCCACAGAAGCUGAAACAGAGUAAUGAAGAUUACCCAGGGUCCUCUGCAUCUUACCGUAUACUAGAGGUUGGCUGUGGUGCUGGAAAUACAGUCUUCCCAAUUUUACAAACCAACAAUGACCCAGGCCUUUUUGUUUAUUGCUGUGAUUUUUCUACAACGGCCGUGGAUCUUGUCCAGAGCAAUGUGGAAUAUGAUUCUUCUCGCUGCUUUGCAUUUGUCCAUGACCUCUGCAAUGACCAAAGUCCUUUCCCAAUGCCAGAUGAAAGCCUUGACAUUGUCAUUCUCAUCUUUGUCCUCUCAGCGAUUCUCCCAGAGAAGAUGCAGCGCGUCAUUAACAAACUGAGUCGCCUUCUGAAACCAGGAGGAAUGAUUUUGUUACGAGAUUACGGCCGUUAUGACCUAGCCCAGCUUCGGUUCAAGAAAGGUCAGUGUCUGUCUGAUAACUUCUAUGUGAGAGGUGAUGGCACCAGAGUCUACUUCUUCACCCAAGAUGAAUUAGAUGAUCUCUUCACAAGAGCUGGCCUGGAGAAAAUACAGAAUCUGGUUGAUCGGCGACUGCAAGUGAACCGUGGGAAGCAAAUGACAAUGUAUCGAGUAUGGAUCCAGUGCAAAUACCAAAAGCCUUCUGCUCCCUAGCUGUGAGGAAGCAGGGUGUGCUUCGUCAGAUUUUAUCCUCUUCGUGGUCAUUUGCAGUCUCCUCCUGGUGAGAUGUAUUGUUAGGGAAGUCAGCGUGCACAGAACCUCAGUGCCUUUUAUAAUGCCUAGCAACACCUCAGAUGUUUGCGAAGGACAAAUGGUCUAGGAGGAGACCAACCACUGUUUUAGGUGUCUUGCUACUGGGCUGGGUUUUUAAAGUUAUUUAUAGUUUUAACAACUUAAGAAAUAGUCAUGCUAAGAGCAGCUGAGCAAGUUGAGUAGCAAGUCACUCUUACUGUGGAUUUUUACAUGGAACAAGAUCUUCAACCCUGUCUCUGUGUUGUGUACUCUUGUUUUUUGUUCCCAAGACACAAUUGGUAAGUCUGAUUUCCUUUGCAGCUGGUCACUAGGUAUAAGAUGGAUCCCUUUGCCAACUUAUCUCAAGUGUGCACCAUUGGCUGAAGAGCGGUUUGUGCUGUACGUAGCAUGUGUAUUUUGUUAUCUGGACACCAGUGUUUGUAGUUCACAAUUGCAUAAGAAUAACCGUCAACUAUAAGGACACAUAGAUGAUGAAAUAACUGCUCUCUUGAAAUGGAGGAGAAAGAGUAAAAAGAUGAGGAAGUGUCA